ACAGAGGUUGCCGUUAUGAAGUUCAUCGCAGAAAACACGACUGUCCCCAUCCCUGGUAACCCUGAAUAUAUCAUUGAUGUGGGCCGGAGCUACGUCGUACGGGACUAUGUGGAAGGUCAAGUCCUCUCCAAAGCUUGGGACCAUCUGCAAGAACAUGAGAAGGCAAUGAUCAUAGCGGAACUGAAAGGUUAUGUAAACCAGCUCCGGGCACUCAAGCCUCCUGGUUACAUCGGAUCCCUCGACCGAGGCCGCUGCCGGGACUGCAGAAUGUUCAGCAUGUCCUGUGGGCCUUUCGAUAACGAAGCUCAGUUUAACAACCACCUGGUCUCGGUCUUAAGGACGCACUUAGCUUCUCCCAUCUAUCGGAUGUUCUUGACAAGGAUGAUGCGGGAGGAUCACAAGAUUGUCUUCACUCAUGCUGACCUUCACUGGAACAAUAUCAUCGUCAAGGAUGGCCACGUCGCAGCCAUUGUGGACUGGGAGAUGGCAGGAUGGUAUCCUGAAUACUGGGAAUACUGCAAAGCGCUGUACAACGAGAAAUUUGACACGGACUGGUGUAUGCGGGUUCGGGAUUUCCUAGAGCCUUAUGAUUAUGAAUAUGCUGUUGACAAGCUGCUGCUU